CGCGAUCAUGUUACCGCCUCUGCCGUCGAAUAGAUAGAAUUCUUAUUGUUGUUACGGCGAGAAGACCAACAGAAUCCUCCACAAGAGGCCGAUGGCCGUCGCAAGCCCUGCCGGCAACCCUACACCUCCCAGCGAGGAGCCCUCACGCAGCCUCUACGCGAACUAUGUCCCGAACGACCUUACAUACAAUGCGGAUUUCGAAGACAGCCUUAUAACGACCGUGUUGCACGGAGAGACAGGCGGCCGAACCCCUGGCAUACGUGUGUUACCCGGCAACAGCAUGGAGAUGGCGGAACAGGGUGUCUCCAUCCGCGCCAGCGAUGUCUCGCUCCAAAGCCUCCCAUUCAUCCCAGAACACGACCUUCCCUUGCCGCUGACCGACACGAGGCGUAUCUUUGCCUCGCCACUUUCUGGCAUUAACCUCACGCACCCCGGCGGAUAUCUAGAGGGCGGACCAGGGUUGGAUCCAGAAAUGGACACGUUUCCGGACGAUUUUAUCGCAAACCGCCCGCACAUCCACACAUCUGUUGAUCUGCACCGCGCGAUUCACGAGGAGGUAGAGAAAGCUACGGAGUUGUUGAGGCAGCGCUUGAGGCGGCGGGAGGAGGCACGGGAGACGAAUGAGCGGGUGGAGAGGGAGUUGAAGACGUUGAUGGAUGAGCAUAAGAUGGAGAUGAGGGUGCACGAGAAGUUGGCGGAGGAGCAGGCGAGAAAGAAGGAGAUUAAGGAGAAGAGGCGGAGGGAGAGGGAUGGUGGGUGAACUUGUGGCACAACGUUGGCUACGGCGCUUGCUCUCGGCAUCCAGUACGAGCGCAUGUCAGCUGCAGCCUCGUUUGCACAUCUCAAGCGUGUGAUCACUGCUUGGUUGAGUAGGCCCGAGAUCCUUUUCAGCUUCCGGUUCAGUAAAGGGCGGCUUGCAGCGGCAGCAGUGGGUCACCAGGCAGGUCCAGGUUUCGGUCAUGCUCGCCCUUCUCCGACAACUUGCUUGGCAUCAGCUUCCAUGAUCCGUUCGUCUACAGCCUACCACCAGCAAACGCUGCGGCGUCAAUCAGCCUUUUGAACCCAUGCGAUGCACGUCAAGACAAGACCAAUGCCACUGCAACCAAGGCAUAGUCCGCUCCGCCAAAAACCAUGAAAGGUUCGCAGGCCGCAGCAGUGGAAGUACGAGUGAGUGUGCUGUCACGCGGAGCGUCC